AUCCUGGACGACCCAAUGGAGUGCAAUCGAGGUGAGAGGCUGUCCAUCACGCUGGCGAAGAACCGGAUCAACCGGGCCCCUGAGAGGGUAGGGAAGGCCAAGGUGGAGGUGGACAUCUUCGAGCUGCUGAGAGAUAGCGAGUACGAGACAGCGGAAACCAUGUGCCAGAUACUCCCAAAGGGGGUAGUAGCUGUCUUGGGACCUUCUUCUAGCCCUGCCUCCAGCUCCAUCAUCAGCAACAUCUGUGGGGAGAAGGAGGUGCCCCAUUUCAAAGUGGCCCCCGAGGAAUUUGUGAAGUUGCAGUCCCAGAGAUUCACCACCCUGAACCUCCACCCCAGCAACACGGACAUCAGUGUGGCAGUCGCUGGGAUCCUGAGGUUUUUCAACUGCACCACAGCCUGCCUCAUCUGUGCCAAAGCAGAAUGCCUUUUAAACCUGGAGAAGCUGCUCAGACAGUUCCUUAUCUCCAAGGACACGCUCUCCGUCAGGAUGCUGGAUGACAGCCGGGAUCCUACCCCACUCCUCAAGGAGAUCCGGGAUGACAAGACAGCCACCAUCAUCAUCCAUGCCAAUGCCUCCAUGUCCCACACCAUCCUCCUGAAGGCAGCUGAACUGGGGAUGGUAUCAGCCUACUACACAUAUAUCUUCACUAAUCUGGAGUUCUCUCUCCAACGAAUGGACAGCCUUCUGGAUGACCGAGUCAACAUCCUGGGAUUUUCUAUUUUCAACCAAUCCCAUGCUUUCUUCCAAGAGUUUGUACAGAGUCUCAACCAGUCAUGGCAGGAGAAUUGUGACCACGUGCCCUUCACUGGGCCUGCACUCUCCUCAGCCCUGCUAUUUGAUGCUGUCUACACUGUUGUGACUGCAGUGCAAGAGCUGAACCGAAGUCAGGAGAUUGGUGUGAAGCCCCUGUCUUGUGGCUCAGCACAGAUCUGGCAGCAUGGUACCAGCCUCAUGAACUACCUGAGAAUGGUAGAAUUGGAAGGUCUCACCGGCCACAUCGAAUUCAACAGCAAAGGUCAGAGGUCCAACUAUGCCUUGAAAAUACUGCAGUUCACAAGGAAUGGCUUCCGGCAGAUUGGUCAGUGGCAUGUGUCCGAGGGUCUCAGCAUGGACAACCGUCUCUCCUCUUCCAACAUCUCCGACAGCCUCUUCAACACCACCCUGGUCGUCACCACCAUCCUGGAGAACCCGUACUUAAUGCUGAAGGGGAACCACCAAGAGAUGGAAGGCAAUGACCGCUAUGAAGGCUUCUGCGUGGACAUGCUUAAGGAACUCUCGGAGAUUCUACGCUUCAACUAUAAGAUUCGCCUGGUUGGGGAUGGAGUAUAUGGUGUGCCUGAGGCCAACGGCACUUGGACAGGAAUGGUCGGGGAGCUGAUUGCUCGGAAAGCAGAUCUGGCUGUUGCUGGACUCACUAUAACAGCUGAACGAGAGAAGGUGAUCGAUUUCUCCAAGCCGUUCAUGACUCUGGGAAUUAGUAUUCUUUACAGGGUUCAUAUGGGUCGAAAACCUGGUUAUUUCUCCUUCCUGGACCCCUUUUCUCCUGGAGUCUGGCUCUUCAUGCUUCUUGCCUAUCUGGCUGUCAGCUGUGUGCUCUUCCUAGUGGCUCGGCUAACACCCUAUGAAUGGUAUAGCCCUCAUCCUUGUGCCCAGGGCCGGUGUAACCUUCUGGUAAACCAGUACUCCCUAGGAAACAGCUUAUGGUUUCCCGUUGGGGGCUUCAUGCAGCAAGGCUCUACCAUUGCGCCACGCGCCUUAUCCACCCGAUGUGUCAGCGGAGUCUGGUGGGCUUUCACUCUGAUCAUCAUCUCAUCUUACACGGCCAACCUGGCAGCUUUCCUGACUGUACAACGUAUGGAUGUGCCCAUCGAGUCUGUGGAUGACUUGGCUGACCAGACAGCCAUUGAGUAUGGCACAAUUCAUGGAGGAUCCAGCAUGACCUUUUUCCAAAAUUCCCGCUACCAAACAUAUCAGCGGAUGUGGAAUUACAUGUACUCUAAGCAGCCUAGCGUGUUUGUAAAAAGCACAGAAGAAGGAAUUGCCCGGGUGCUGAAUUCCAACUAUGCCUUCUUGCUGGAGUCGACCAUGAAUGAAUACUACCGCCAGAGAAACUGCAAUCUCACCCAGAUUGGGGGCCUGCUUGACACCAAGGGCUACGGGAUAGGGAUGCCAGUUGGCUCCGUAUUCCGUGAUGAGUUUGAUCUGGCCAUUCUCCAACUACAAGAGAACAACCGCCUGGAAAUUUUAAAAAGAAAAUGGUGGGAAGGGGGGAAAUGCCCCAAAGAGGAAGAUCACAGAGCUAAAGGCCUGGGAAUGGAGAAUAUUGGUGGAAUCUUUGUUGUUCUUAUCUGUGGCUUAAUUGUGGCCAUUUUUAUGGCUAUGUUGGAGUUUUUAUGGACACUCCGACACUCAGAAGCAACUGAGGUGUCUGUCUGCCAGGAGAUGGUGACAGAAUUGCGCAGCAUCAUCCUGUGUCAGGACAGUUUUCACCCUCGACGGAGGCGAGCUGGAGUGGCCCGUCCCCGCCCCCCCAUCCCAGAGGAGCGCCGACCCAGGGGCACCGCCACACUUAGCAAUGGCAAGCUUUGCGGGGCUGGGGAGCCCGAUCCCAUUGCCCAGAGACUGGCCCAGGAAGCUGCCUUGGUGGCCCGUGGUUGUACACAUAUCCGGGUGUGUCCAGAGUGUCGGAGGUUCCAGGGCCUAAGAGCACGGCCAUCCCCAGCCCGGAGCGAGGAGAGCCUGGAAUGGGAGAAGACUACCAACAGCAGUGAGCCGGAGUAGAACUGACUUCAGAGAA